AUCACGGAGGGGGAUCCACGAUUUUCCUGGGGAUGAAUCUUGGUGUUUCUGAGGUUUUUGGUCUCCAUGUUGGUGCUUUGGUAUUUUUGUGGGGGCUGAAUCUUUAUAUUUGGGAGGGGAUUUUGACUGAAUCUUGAUGUUUUGGGAGUUUUGGGUCUGUGUCUUGAUGUUUCGGGGCAUUUUGGUCUGAAUCUUGGUGUUUUGGAUGUUUUUAUAGACACAGGAUGCCUGGUGAUGGACUUGGGGAGGAGGAACCCCCAGACCAAGGUGCUCACCCCUUGUUUUUCCCCCCAAAUCAGGAUUUGUCAUUCCCAAGGUGUUGCUGGAUGGAGGAGGAGGAAAAGCCCCGGAGAUGCUGCACGAGGAGGAGCUGCAAGCGCAGCCCAGAGAGAUCCAAGGAGGAAAGAACCCCCCUGUGCCGGGAAGGCGGCCGGAGAUCCAGGGGGAGCUCGGAGCUGGGGGAGAAGCCUCAGGGUGGGGAGAAGCCCCACAAGUGCUUGGAAUGUGGGAAGGGCUUCAGGUGGAGCUCCAUCCUGAUGCGGCACCAGAGGAUCCACACUGGGGAGAGGCCCUAUGAGUGUGGGGAAUGUGGGAAGAGCUUCAGCCAGAGCUCCCACCUGAUCCAGCACCAGAGGAUCCACACUGGGGAGAGGCCCUAUGAGUGUGGGAAAUGUGGGAAGGGCUUCACCAGCAGCUCCCAGCUGAUCCAGCACCAGGUGGUCCACACUGGGGAUCGGCCCUAUGAGUGCUUGCAGUGUGGGAAGAGCUUCGGGUGGAGCUCUGACCUAAGGGCACACCAGCGCACCCACACUGGGGAGAGGCCCUACGAGUGCUCUGAGUGUGGGAAGAGGUUUUCAAGCAGCUCCGAUCUCCUCGUACAUCAGCGCAUUCACACGGAUGAGAGGCCCUUCCGCUGCCCUGACUGCGGGAUGGGCUUCAAACGCAACUCCCACCUCAUCAGGCACCGGCGCAUCCACACCGGGGAGAGGCCCUACGAGUGUCCCCAGUGUGGGAAGAGCUUCUCACAGAGCAAUAACUUGACCAAACACCAACGGAAGCACCGCUAAGGGAAGCCCUGCGAGUGCCCCGAGUGCGGGAAGAGCUUCGUGCGCUGCUCCAGCUCCAUCCCCCAUGGGAGGAUCGGCGUUGGAUGAUCCCCAGUGACCCCCGUUGGGCAGAGCCCUGGUGAUCCGUGCUCCUGGUGAUCCGUGUUGGGAAGACACCUGGCUGAGGGGCUCCACAUCUUCCUGGCUCCCUGUAGGCCCCUGGAUGAACCCAGGGGUAGGAACAUCCCUCGGGAUGCAGACCGACAUCGGGAAUUCUUUGGGGAGAGUGGAUUUGUUGACUUUCAACCCCAAAUAAUCUUUUCCUUUCAAUCUUUUCUUCCUGUGGCAUCAAGGAAUAUUGGAUGGUCUUAGAGGUCUUUUCCAACCUCAGUGAUUCCAUGAUUCUGAUUUUCUCUGGCCCAAGGGCAACUUCCACAGCCAAAUGGUGAUGGACUGGGGCAAAGACCAAGAUUGUGCAGAAAAUGGGGUGGAAAUGCCUCCAAAACAGGUUCUUCCUUCCACCCAAGCACGAGGAUCCUCAGCUGGCACGGACACAGAAAUCCUUUUCUUUUGGCCUUCGUUUUCUUAUCAUUUUUCUUUAUCCUCUGAAAAUACCCAAAAUUGGGGUAAAAAUAAAGACAUUGAACUGA